AUGGAAAGUAAUUCUAGAGAAAAAUUGUUUUGUUUCUUCCACUGUGGAGGUGAAUUUGUGAGGAGUGCUGAUAGUGGUAUGAAGUAUGAGGGUGGAAAUGUAAUUGUAAGAACCAUAACAAAAGGAAUGAAAUAUGCAGAGCUAAGAUCAUUUAUAUCUUCAGAAGUUUGCCAUGGUGAUAAUGGAAAUGAUGUAAAGUUCACUGUUGAGAUUGAUUCAAGCACAUUCAUAGAUCUGCUUGAUGAUGUUGGAGUUGAACAAUUGUUUGAAUAUAAUGGAAGAACUGCUCAUGUGUAUGUUGCUAAAUGGGCUGCACUUGAAGAUGAUCCUAAAGACAUAAAAGGUUUCAUGGAAGGUGCUCGGCCCAUACUAUAUAUAGAUGGGUCUUUCAUGAGUGGACCAUAUAAGGGAACUCUACUAUCAGCAUGUGCAUAUGAUGCAGAUAAUGAGAUGUUUCCUGUGGCAUAUGCUGUAGUAAGUGGUGAGACAGUUGAGGAGUGGUCAUGGCAAGCUUUCUGUUACCGUCAUGUGAAAGAAAACUUUGGGUCAGAGUUUUUAAAAGUUACAAGAGGUAAGAGAAAGAAUGGAGUGAUAAAGGAUGUAGCAUUCAAGCUCUUAGAUGCAAUAGCUUAUGCAAGACUCACUAGUGAGUUUAAUGUUGCAAUGUCAAAUAUGAUGAAUUUUUGUCCGGAUUUAUUGCAAUGGCUUGAAACACACGGUGACAUAGAUAGAUGGGCACUUAGCAAGUUUUCCCAUAGGAGGUGGGAUAACAUAAUGACCAACAUUGCUGAGUCCUUUAAUUCUUGGGUUGUCAAGGAAAGGAAAUAUAAUAUUGCUGUUUUUAUGUACGAGCAUAGGGAGAAAUUAACGAAGAAACUACACAACAGCAAAGUGGCACUGAAAAAAUGGACAAAUGGUGUUGGACCAAAUGUGGAGACCAAGCUAAAGGAAAAUGUGUUAAGAGGUGAUACAUUGCAAGCUGAUUUUUAUGCAUUAAACACUGUUAGGGUGAAAACAUUAAAUGGAGAUGUGCGAGUAAAUCUUGAAUUACGUGAAUGCUCUUGCCUGGCAUGGCAGAUGUCUGGACUACCAUGUCCUCAUGCAUGUGCUGCCAUAAAGCUUUCACAUGGCAAUAUAUAUCAAUAUGUUGAGGAAUGGUAUCAUUUAAGUUGUCAAGAAAAAAUAUACGGUAGUAACAUGAUCCCGAUUGAGACUUUUGACAUUCCAAAGCCUGAUACAGCAACAUUAACAGAUAACUUAUCACAAACUUUCUUGCAGCCGCCUUUAACCAGCCGUCCUCCUAGGAGGCCAAGAAUAAGGAGGAUAGAGUUUUAA